AAUCCAAAACCGUUCCAAUUUCAGCAAAAGUAGAACUUGACAUGUUUAGGUAGCCUGUUCCCGCCCCUCCCAUAAUACAAAACCUACCAUUCAUCCCUGAGCUACCAUUCCUGCACUAAUGAGACGCAGUCAAGACCUUUGCUAUGACUGAUAGAUGCCAAAAAAGUAUGUCUUCCAAAUCAACAUUAACGCAACCUUCUUCAGAAACUCCUGUCCAAUUCUUUGACACAAGGCACCUAGCUUCUCGCAUUAUUUUCAUUUUACCCUUUUCACUGCCAUCUGGGGUCGGCAGAUCAUGGCUUCCAAUUGCAGGAGAUAGCUUGAAAAGCAGACAUAGGGAUUUGUUUCUUGAGCUGUUACCAUGGAAGGAAUUGUGGCGAACUUGGUGGAGCAGCAUCAUGGGGUGAGGAGUGAGAACGAGGAAACUAGGGUUGAGAGUGGGGUACACGUGGACAUUGCAGAGACGUCUACAGCCUCAGGUUCAGGGGUUUAUGAUAAUAAUUAUUACCAUUCCAGUUCUCGUAAUGAGGCGAACGCGGAGUCAUCGUCGUCUUACAGGGUGCGGCUUUCUGUUAGGAGACGGUCACAGGAGGUGCAGGAGGAGGCGUGGUCCUGCCUCGUCGUGCUCGUCGCCUUCUGGUUCUUUGCAGCAUCGAUGACAUUGAUUUUGGGCUUCUAUGGAUCUGCUAAACUUGCAUUAGGAUCCAACUACUCACGCCUUGUACAUGCCAAUUCUUUCUUUGUGCAAGAAAUCAGGGUGAAUGGAAACAAGAAACCAGGCCCCAUGCUCCAUGGCUUCACACAGAAGCCUCCAUUGAAUGUCCACAGAACCUGGAAUGAAACACAUCAUAUACUUUUGCAGGCCAAUUACCACCAGGAAUGGAUGGUUUGGUUGAACAGGGGCUCUGUCAUAAAUGUGUCCUACAAUGUUAAGAACGAGGACUUUUCUAGCUUAAUACUUGUACUGGUUGAAGGUAAAACUGGUCUUAAUGAAUGGAUCGAGGAGCCUUCAUACCCCAAUGUAUCUUUGUCAUGGGAUAGUAUACAUGGGAUUGGGUCCAUUGAGCACAAGGUAGAGAAAGAUGAAGAAUAUUACAUUGCCAUUGGAAAUCUCAAUUCACAUAGCAUGGAGGUACACUUGAAUUUUAAAUUUAAUGGCAUUCUCUAUGAUACAACAAAGGCAGAGUACACAUGCUCUUUACAAAAUGAUCUAUGUGGCGUGAAACUUUUCCUUCUUGGCGAUAGUUAUGCUAUUCUCUCUACUCCUGGUCCAAAAGAGAGUGGAGAGAGGGAUGAGUGGUCUGUCAGAUUGUCAUAUGGACCACGGUGGUUAACAUAUCUUGUUGGCUCAGGUGGUUUCACACUUUUGAUUAUGGGUAUCAUAAAAUUUAUUACCAAGUUACAGGCUGGAUCAGGAGAAUCUGAAGUUCGAAGGGAGUAUCUGCCCCCAGAAAGAACUCCCCUGAUAACUCAGAAAGAUGAUGAUGAUGAUUCAAGUUGUGGGUCUUCUUAUGUUUCUGUCUCUGUAGGUGAAGAAGAUGAUGAUGAACUAAAUUUCCCAGGAUCACCAGGAAUUGAAGAUAAUGACAUAAAAUCUCGGAAGAAUAAUGACAUUUACCAGCGUCGUCUGUGUGCGAUUUGUUUUGAUGCUCCAAGAGACAGUUUCUUCCUUCCUUGUGGACAUUGUGUAACUUGUUCUACAUGUGGCAUGAGGAUUUCUGAAGAAACCAACAUGUGUCCAAUAUGUAGGAAGAAGAUUAGGAAGGUGAAAAAAAUAUUUGCCGUCUGACAUGAUGUAAUCUUUCUCCAUUCGGUUUUGUAUAUUGAUCGUGUUCCCUUUUUGUAGUAAUCGAAUUUUUCCCCACCUAUGAGUUUAUUUGAUGUGCCCAACAUCCUGAGGGUUAUUUGAUAUGUUCGACAUAAGAGGCUUGCUUUUUAUUGCUGUUCGUUUGGUAAUUUUUUUAUAUCAUUUCAUGUGUCGAAAAGGAUUCUUGAAAUAUUGCAUGUUAUAUUAUUCAUUAUCUACUGUCGAUUUUGGUAAAUGUAGCUAUGCUUUAAGAGAAUGCAUAGCUCUCGGAAAGCAUGCAGGGCAAUCUUGUAAAAUUUUAAAUAUCUUUUCAGAUAGCAAGUGUACAAAUAAAGAAUGAGAGUUGUGAGA